UCCCUCCCAUUUCCAGCCACUGCACCCCGCUCCUUCACAACGCAGUCUCAACCUUCUGACGAAGUCGCCGCCGCCGCCUCCUCCUCCCUGUCACACUCUCUCGCCUCUCGAGCAAUCAGUUGCUUAUCUCUGUUGUUUUUUUUUUUCUUCUUCUCAGAAACAGAAUCGGUGGUUCAGCCCCUUACCUGCGUCGUUCGUGAGAUCGCAUCCUCCUCACAUCUAGCGCCGCUCAUUUUGUAGAUCCCCAAGACUGAGAAGGUUAGAAUAUUGCUGCAGCAUGUGUAGGUGUUGUCUAUAGAUCCGAGGCCAUUAGGAUCACCACCAUGGCGAACAGACGGUGUUUACAAGUACUAACUCGUCAUGCCUUGGCCAUCUUUUCCACCAAGCCAUAUAUCCACUCCCUGAAGAUCGUACCCUCCUUCCUUUCCCAGAAUUUUCGUACACAUGCUUCUGUACCAAACUGUCUAUUUGCUAAAAUCGAUCCUUCUUUGUGUACCAACUGGUCACAUUCCCGAUAUCUCUCAUCUGAUAGUCAGAAUGGCAAUGAAGAUGAUGAUACUGAAGAAGAUGAUGAUGAAGAUGACGAGGAUUAUGAUAGUGGUGAGGAUGAUGAUAUUUCAGUGCCGAGUAGGGGUAUGCAAAAGGAGUAUACAAAGGAGGAGAAGGAGGCAGAAGCAGCUUCUAUUGGAUAUAAAGUAGUUGGGCCAAUUGAUCGAUCUAGUGAGGUUUUCAAGCCUUAUGAACCUGUUUUUGCUGUCGUUCAGAUUGGCUCACACCAAUUCAAGGUUAGCAACGGAGAUAGUAUUUUUACUGAGAGAUUAAAAUUCUGCGAUGUGAAUGACAAGUUGAUAUUGAAUAGGGUUCUUUUGCUUGGCUCAAGUAGACAAACGAUUGUCGGUAGGCCUACAGUACCAAGUGCAGUUGUUCAAGCAGUUGUUGAGGAACAUGCAUUGGAUGCAAAAGUAAUCAUCUUCAAGAAAAAAAGAAGGAAGAAUUACCGUCGAACCAAAGGACAUCGCCAGGAAUUAACGAAGUUGAGGAUCAUCGAUAUCGAAGGCAUCGACAAACCAGAAAUCAUCGAGAAGUCUUCAAAAGUAGCUGGUAAGAAUCCAAAACAAGUUUCAGUAGCUGCUUAGUAGAGAAGGCUGCAUGAUUCUAACUAGCUAGCUUGAAUGACUUGAUACCUCCUUAAGAGUGAGAGUCUAUGCUCCCCAACUAGACAUGUUUUGUAGGAUGGCCGGCCACCAUGCUUAGAUACCCAUUCCAUUUCUUUCUUCCAUUUCCUGCUAGUUUUCCCCUAAAAUGUGAUGUCUUCUAUUUAAAAAUAAAUUUGAAUUUGCUCAUGAGAAUUGCUGUCAUUCAUUUGAGAAGAGUUUGAAAUUGCAAUGACUAUGUAUGGUUGAUCUUGAUUUUCCUGUACUGAGAUUUGGUAUAUUCAUAUUUGUUGGGAGAUUGAUUGCUUGCUGGAUCAUACAUUCAAUGCCA